GAUGAUGAAGAGGAGGCGCAUUCCUCACAGCUUCCUCAAAGACAAACUGGACAUAUGGAAACAGAUGCUGAUGGAGAUGAUUGUGGCGGACAAGAACCAGCCAGGAACUCGGAUCCAAAUAUGAAAGAGAAGACUGGAGACUCUUCUGAACCCGAUCCUGAUGAUUGGAAGGAGACCAGAGAACCUCAGUCAGGUUUAAACUCUCUGAAUAAUGCUGACGUCCAUGCCAUUGAUCCAAACUGUAUUUCUGGUGAGAAACCAUUAAGCUGCUCUGAAUGUGGGGAAAGAUUUCACCUCGAGGGAGAUUUGGAGAAACACAUGAGAAUCCACAAAAGAGAGAAACCAUUCAGCUGCUCAGUUUGCGAUAAAACAUGGAGAUGCAAGUCACUCCUAAAGAGACAAAUGUUAACUCACACAGGAGAAAAAACAUUCAGCUGCUCCGUCUGUAACACAUCUUUUACAGAUAGGGGUCAUUUAAAGGAACACAAGUUAACUCACACGGGAGAGAAACCAUUCAGCUGCUCCGUCUGUAGCACAUCUUUUACAAAGAAGGGUAAUUUAAAGGAACACAUGUUAACUCACACGGGAGAGAAACCAUUCAGCUGCUCCGUCUGUAACACAUCUUUUACACAGAGGGGUAAUUUAAAGAAACACAUGUUAACUCACACAGGAGAGAAACCAUUCAGCUGCUCCGUCUGUAGCACAUCUUUUACAAAGAAGGGUAAUUUAAAGGAACACAUGGUAACUCACACGGGAGAGAAACCAUUCAGCUGCUCCGUCUGUCAAACAUCUUUUGCACUGAGGGCACCUUUAAAGAGACACAUGUUAACUCACACAGUAGAGAAACCGUUCAGCUGCUCACAGUGUAAGAACACUAUUAUACAGAGGGAACAUUUAAAGGGUCACAUGAGAGUAAGAAAUCUUUCACGUAUCGCUCAUCUUUACACAGACACAUGAGACGUCACACAGCAGAGAACUCACUUCAGUUCUCUGGUUUUGGUAAAGUUGACUUUAAUUCCACUACAUAGAAAACCCAGUAACUACUACGAAGCGAUCGCCAGUAAGAUAAUAUUUUCUGGGCAAAGAGGUCACCGUGUUUGUUUAACUUGUAAGGGGGUAUUUUACGGACCGCCGAAUCCCGUUCAGUACCGUGUAACAUAACUGUUGUGCUUAUAGCUGCUGUCAUAGCGUUCCACGCUGCUGAGCUUUGAGUUGAGUUGAGAUCCUCCACCAAGAAUAUGUCAGCAGACUGUAUUUCAUCAGUUAUCGGUCCAGUGCCGCGGCUACCAUGUUUUUAGUGCUUUCUUCUUAUUAGUUGGAAUGCUUCAGCAGUCCAACUAUUGUUCUUGUAAUCUUUAUCCAACUUAUUAUUAUUAUAUUUCUUCCGUAUGUCCUUUGGGUUUUAUCUCUUCCAUAUUUUUAGCUACAGAAACAGUUUGAAUAUUAAAAUAUUUAGCUCCUUCAGCACACGAUUGAUAAGACUUUUCAUAUUUCUAACUUUUCAAAUGUUUUUAUUACAAAUCUUUAUAUGUUUUUUUAUUUUGAAUGGGGUCCUAUGAAGAAAAUCUUCAAUUUUAAAAAGCUUACGGUAUCUGCAUACUUUCAGAUAAAGACGCCAUGUAAAUGUGUGAAUGUUGACAACCUUCAACUAUUAUUGUAUAUUUUCAUAUAUUUUUUAUCUUUUCACAUUUUCUGAUGAUUACUUUUUUAUGGAAUAAAAAAUGAAUGGGA